AUGAUAUUUCCAAUUAUUUUUUAUUUAAUUUCUGAAAUAUUCCUUUAUUCUUCAUGUUCAACUUCUUUAAAUAUUCCCCAUCUGCUUUCAAUUAAUAAUAAUUUUAAAAAUAAUUUUGAGGGAGAAGGGGGGAUAAAUAAAAAUAAAAAAAUUAUUUUUAAUAAUAAAAAAAAUAAUUUUAAAACCAAUAAAAAUCUUAAAAAUUUAAAUUUGGCAGCAAAAAUUGGGGUAAUUGAAGGGGGAAAAAUUAUUAUGGGGGAAGGAGGAAAGGAAAAAAAAUUUUUGGGAGGAAAGAAAAUUUUGUUUGAAAAUUUGUUAAUUAAAAAUAUGCAUGAAAGGAUGAACAAUGAUGAGAUUUUAAAUAAAAAUUUGAGUGAAGGUGAAAGUCUAAUUUUGACUAAAUUUGAAAUUGAGAAUGCUAAAAUGGUGGCUAAAUUAAUUUUUGAAGCAGAAGCCGUUGAGAAGGAAGAUUUAAUUUUGUUGGGAGGGGAAUUAGCUUUUGCUCUGUUUGUUGGUGAACGUUUAAAGAGUGGGGAAAAUUUAAUUAAAAAUUUUGAAAAAAUUAUUGAGGUAAUUUGAAGU